ACUCCCCCUUUCAAGGGUUGGUGUCACUGGUGUGUGUGUGUGUGUGUGUGUGUGUGUGUGUGUCUCUCUCUAUCUUCCAUCAGUGGACGGGUAGACUUCCCGCAGAGCGACAAGAGCGAAAGCGACAAAGCCGCUCCUUCCAUGAAAGCAGCCCGGCGAGAGACGGCCAGAGAAGAUGUCACACCAAACUGGAAUUAACGCAACAUCGGAGCUCAAAGACUUCCUGGCCCAAGCAAGGGACGGUGCCAUCAGGAUCAUGAAGAUCGUCAUCAAAAAUGAGGAGUUGGUGCUGGAGUCGUACAGACAGCCGGCACAGAGCUGGGACAAGGACUACGACCACUUCCUGUUGCCCCUGCUCACGCCACAGCAACCCUGCUACGUCCUCUACCGGCUAGACUCCCAGAAUGCACUGGGCUACGAGUGGAUCUUCAUUGCGUGGUCACCUGACCAGUCACCAGUCAGGCAGAAGAUGGUGUACGCCGCCACUCGCGCCACCUUGAAGAAAGAAUUCGGAGGAGGUCACAUCAAAGACGAGGUGUUCGCCACAGUUGAGGAUGACGUGUGCUUCCAGGGAUACCUGCGUCACAUGACCUCCUGCUGCUCUCCGGCGCCCCUCACAGCAGCUGAACAGGAACUACAACGAAUUCGAGUCACAGAGGAUAAAGUUGUAUGGGAUGAGCGUAGACGAAUUGGGACUCCUCGUGCAAGAGUUCCAAUGGAGUUCGGCAUAGACAAAAGGGUCUCUCAGGGUCUGGCGUUUCCAUUACAAGAAGAGGCCAAACGUGCACUGCAGCAGCUCAAGCAGAAACGAAUCAACUACAUCCAACUGAGGUUGGAUGUGGAGAAAGAGACCAUCGAGCUGGUUCACACUAAACCGACAGAGACGCGUGAUCUCCCCUACAGGAUCCCCACAGAUUCACCCCGAUAUCACUUCUUCAUCUUUCAACAUUCUCACCAGGGCCGCACUCAGGAGGCGCUCGUGUUCAUCUACUCCAUGCCUGGCUACACGUGCAGUAUAAAGGAGCGCAUGCUGUACUCCAGCUGUAAGAACAGACUCCUGGAGGAGGUGGAGAGAGAUUAUCAGCUGGAAGUCGUCAAAAAGAUGGAGAUUGACAGUGGCGACAGCCUGACAGAAGACUUCCUGUACGAGGAGGUCCACCCGAUGGAGCACACCUUGAAGCAAGCGUUCGCCAAGCCCCGUGGACCGGGCGGGAAGAGGGGCAACAAACGCCUCAUCAAGGGCGCAGGAGAGAACGGAGAGGAAAUCUAAACACGCUUGACAUCUGUCAGCUCAUUCAACUCUUUGUAGCAUCUUCAUUUGCUUCUAAAAAUGAAGGACAGGCCGUUCAUCUUCAGAGCUCAGAAUCUCUGGCGACUACGUGACCUAUCCUCGUUAUUAUUAUCCUUAUUAGUAUUCAUGAUCCUGUUUUAUCACCCAGCCAGGCCGUAAAACUGUGCUAUCCAACACUCAACGUCGGUGUUUGGCGUCACACUGACGUUUGCUGAGGAUG